AUGGACAGAGAGGUGAUACAACAAGACACUGCAAUUUUUAUGGCACAGAUCCUUCUAGAAUAUGUCAAGCAGUAUAUUGAAGGGAAUGAUAUAUGUAUAGCUAGUAUUAAAGAAAUUCAGUCAAAGAAUGAUGCCAUCAUGGAGUCGGAAUUGCUUCUUGAAACCAUUGUUGUGGAGAAUGGAGGUGAAUAUAUAAUUUUUGAGUACAUUCAAAUGAUUGAAAAUAAUUCGGAACUAGAAUUAGAUUCUGAAAGUAUUGAAAUAUUGCAAAGCAUGAUUCGGAAGGUUGUGUUCAGCGAUUUUGAUUUUGUAAAAGUGUGGUUGCCUAAAUUCUUCUAUCAAGUUCCCCAUUCAUAUAACACAGGGAAAAUCCUUCAAGAUGACUUUCUAGGUGAGUUAUUAAGAAAUUUCGACCCUAAUAUGAUGUUAAUAUUUGUUAAUAUUUGUUCCCCGAAAUUUAAGGAAGUAGAAACUUCAAAGUUACUCAAACUAAUUAAAAUUAUCAUUGAAAAUAAUAUGAAUAAAGGAAGUUCGGAAACCAUUGCAAAUAUUUUAUUCACAAGUUUAAGGCAGCUUUCCAGUUUUCUUCCUGAAAUAAGAAACGAACUCUGCAAAGACCCACCAAUGGCUUUACUAGAGAGUUUAAAGCUCUGUAUCAAUACAGAUCAUGAAUUUAUUACAACAUAUUACUUAAAACAAAUUUCUCCCAUAGUGCCGAACAUUAAUAAUUUAACUGUUCUAAGAGAUUUGAUUUUUGAUUUAGGAUUGUCGGAUAUCAACUUGUCUUUGUCACAUAUUUUUAAUCAUACUGAAUCAUGGUUUGGCAUACGGGAAGAUGGUUUAUUUUGGGUCUUAUUAGAUCUAAAGGAAAGAAGAGAGAUGGAUUCGCACCGGCUACGUGCAAUUGAUGACAUUAUUUUAAUGAUAAUUGAUUUCACCAAAGGAAGAAUUGAUGUUUUAUGGAAUGAGAAUCUUAAAGUCAUACUUCCUAAAAUGUUAAUGAGUUCUCUUGAAAACAAUACAAAUUUGAAAUAUAUGAAUUCGAUAUACACUACAAUGAAAAUUACUGCUAUUAUGAAUGACUGUAGUUAUAACAUUUAA